AUAAAUAAAUCACAUGUUGCGACAGUAUCCGACUGCGGUUUAAGACACAGUAUUCUAUAUUGGAGCCAAAAAGGACCUUAACUGGCCAGGCUUUGUUGAAAUGAAUCUGGUUUAUUGAAUUCCGUAGACUACCCCUGCCCUCUUCCUGGCGGAGGGAUCUAUGACGUCACUUGUUGUUUGGAAGAAAGGAGCACGGUACCUAGACCUGACUGUCCUUUUAUUAUUAUACAUUUUAUGACAAAAUAAAAUCGAGCCAUGUCUACCCCGGCGAGGAGGCGAUUAAUGAGGGACUUCAAAAGACUUCAAGAAGACCCACCAACUGGUGUGAGUGGUGCGCCAUCAGAAAACAAUAUCAUGCUGUGGAAUGCCGUUAUUUUUGGACCUGUAGGAACACCGUUUGAGGAUGGAACUUUUAAACUUGUGAUAGAAUUUUCAGAAGAAUAUCCCAAUAAGCCUCCUACAGUUCGAUUUAUCUCGAAAAUGUUCCACCCAAAUGUUUAUGCAGAUGGCAGCAUAUGUUUAGACAUUCUUCAGAAUCGCUGGAGUCCUACAUAUGAUGUGUCCUCUAUUCUGACAUCUAUCCAAUCUUUGCUGGAUGAGCCUAACCCCAACAGCCCAGCCAACAGCCAGGCAGCACAACUCUAUCAAGAAAACAAGCGCGAGUAUGAGAAAAGAGUUUCUGCCAUUGUGGAGCAAAGCUGGGCUGACUCCUAAUGCUCACAAUUUACACGAUUAAGUACCACAUAUCAGGUUCUCCAAUCUUUUAUUUAACCUAUAUCGGCCAAACACACACACACACACUCACACACAUACACAUAUACACAAUGAAAACUGCUCUGCUGCAAGUGGAAAUCCAAUGGGUACUCCUUUGCCAAUGUUUUGCUGCAAGCAGAAGCCAGUCCAUUUUUUUUUCUUUUCUUUUUUCUCUUCUCAUUUUUAUGAUAAGUUAUUAUUAAAAGCAUUUAUAAUGUUUUACAACUCCAGAAUUAUUGCCACCCUUAAUGAGAAUUGUGCAAAAAAAUAUAUAGAAAAUUAAUAACACAUUCAAUAUGUUGAGCUUGGCGUUUUCUUAAAGAUUUUUUCCUGUGGAAAAAGAUUAUCAGUAGAAACACAAUAAUAAUUGCUGAAGCCUUCGUAAGAAUAGAAUAAAUAAAAAAAACCCAGAAGAAUAAAAGACUGUUGUGCAUAUGGAGUCGCCCUCUUCAUUUCAGUAAGUUUAUCAGCCUGACAAGAAAAACACAUUUUUGAUUGCUGUUCCUGUAAUAACUCAGGCAUUUAGGUCUCGGUUGCUCUCAGAAAGGGAUUUUUUGGCUAACCGUCUUAACUCUUUAAUCAUUCUGGAGAUGGCAAAUAAUCAUUGAUUUUUGGAACAGGACAAACCCAAAAACCAACUACACUUCACACUUCUAAAAUGGAUCUUUGUGCAGUGGCAGUACACUCAGAAUUCUCUCGUUGCAAAAUUUUUAUCUGUUGGAGAUUUGAACUAUUUUAUGAUGUUCCCGAUUGUGCGUAUUAAUUUUAAUUGCAUAUGUAUUUUUUAUAUGUAUACAGCUAUGUUAAAAGAUAUUUUGUUUUCCCCGAUGACAGAGGUUUUAAAAGAAAUAAAGCUAAAAUGGUUUCUCUUAUUGUAUGUGUGAACUGUAUAUGAAUAGUAUUUGCAAGGUUUAUUGUGUGUAUUAGUUAUUGCAUAUUUCUCUAAAGGGUGCUUACAGUUCUGGAGUUUAUUUUACUGAUUUAUUUUUAGACUUUUUCUUUUGUACUUUUAUUUUUUUUGGAGGUUAACAAAAGUGUUGUAUAAUGCCAUAAAUCCAUAAAUUAUUUAUAGUUUAAUCUUACAUACAGUUUUUUGUUGUUGUUCUGGAAAUUAAAUCAAUCAAGGCAGUAAGACACAACAAAACCCUA